UUCAUCUGGUUCAUCUGAUCAUGUGUGGCCCAUCCCCCCCACCUGUCUUCUCUCUACAUCUGCACUGACGGACUGUGUGACAACAGAUCUAUUCUCUCCCUUCACCAUGUUCCUCACCUGUUCAGACUCUGUCAGACUGGUCCAUGGUUCCAGUCUGUGUUCAGGCAGACUGGAGGUCCGCUCCGACCGGUCCUGGUCCUCGGUGUGCGAAGAGGAUUUGGACCUGAACGACGCCCAGGUGGUCUGUAGGGAGCUGGGCUGUGGGGCUCCUGGGCUCCUCCAGGGGGGGCUCUAUGGAGAGGGGGAGGCUCCAGUCUGGACCAGUGAGCUCCAGUGUGAAGGAAAUGAGUCUGUGGUCCUGGACUGUAGGAGGUCCAGCUCAGCUGGGAAGACCUGCUCACCUGGAACAGCUGCAGGACUCACCGUACAGGUACCAAGUGGGCGUGGCUUUCAUACAGCAGACUUUUACAGGUACCAAGGGGGCGUGUCUUCAUCGACAGUGUGUGGGGGUCAGGUGGGUGGGACAGCUGAGCCGCUGUGCUGGUACUGUGGAGAUCCAACACCAGGGACAGUGGAGACCAGUAGGAGACUUCUAUAA